CUCACACCGUGCAGCCUUGAACGUGAGAGAAUCGUUGAGAGAUUUCUUGUCCUGAGCGCCUCAGCCGGGACAGCUUCAGCUGACCAUGGAAAGCGGUGGCAACACGUCGAACUAUCCGUACCAUUUCUCGAAUAUGGCCAUGAUGAACAAUAGUGUUUUUUGUCGGAACUUCAGCGAUAACAUGAGUUUGGAUGCCAAAUGUGAGAGAACAGACAAUCUGGCCAAAGAUUCGACACCAGUGAUCAUCGCGAUUAUAAUCACGACUCUUUACUCUAUUGUGUGUGUGCUUGGUCUGGUGGGAAACGUGCUCGUCAUGUAUGUCAUUAUCAGAUACACUAAAAUGAAGACCGCCACAAAUAUCUACAUCUUCAACCUGGCCUUGGCUGAUGCACUAGCCACCAGUACGCUGCCCUUCCAGAGUGUCAAUUUCCUGCUGGGGACCUGGCCGUUUGGAGACGUGCUGUGCAAGAUAGUGAUAUCCAUCGACUACUACAACAUGUUCACCAGUAUCUUCACAUUGACCACCAUGAGUAUUGACCGUUACAUUGCAGUGUGCCACCCCGUCAAGGCCUUAGACUUCCGCACGCCCCGUAACGCAAAGAUUGUCAACGUGUGCAACUGGAUCCUGUCCUCUGCCAUCGGUCUACCUGUCAUGUUCACCGCCUUAACUACUGUAACCGAUAACGGCAAGUACGACAGAAUCAUCGACUGCACUUUGAUCUUCCCCCACCCAUCCUGGUACUGGGAGAAUCUUCUGAAGAUCUGCGUCUUCAUCUUUGCCUUCAUCAUCCCCGUCCUCAUCAUCACUGUGUGCUAUGGGCUAAUGAUCUUGCGCCUGAAGAGCGUGCGCAUGUUGUCCGGCUCCAAGGAGAAGGACCGCAACCUGCGCCGCAUCACCCGCAUGGUCCUGGUGGUGGUGGCCGUCUUCAUCAUCUGCUGGACGCCCAUCCACAUCUACGUCAUCAUCAAAGCCCUUAUCAAUAUCCCCAACUCCCUGCUGCAGUCCGUCACCUGGCACUUCUGCAUCGCUCUGGGCUACACCAACAGCUGCCUGAAUCCGGUCCUCUACGCCUUCCUGGACGAGAACUUCAAGCGCUGCUUCCGUGAGUUCUGCAUCCCCUUGAGUCCUUCGAUGCUGGAGCUGCAGAAUUCUUCUCGUACCCGCCACCACCACCAACACGAGCACCACUCCAGCGCCAACACGGUGGAGAGGUCCAAUCAAGAGGUAUGACUAGGUAUGGAGAUGUUGUCGUUAGACUCAUGCUGCCAGCCCAACGACGACAUGAUCUCGGAAGUCACCCAGGUAACCACGGUGCUCUGACACAAAGCUCUGACACGUAAUGCGCCAAAAUGCUGAAAUGCAACGUGGCAUGAGCAUCUAUGUUACUGUCGCCUCUUUCUGGCAAGGCUGACAAAUAUUUGAAUGUAGAAUAGCGCUCAGCGUAAGGCUUUCUGUCAGGUAGCAUUAUUAAAAUGUUGAACUUUGGGCUGAACAUUGAAAUGAACCAACAUCAGCUGUUAUGUACACAGUAGGCUAUCCUUUUAGACUGGUAUACUGAACAUACUGAAAAUUAUAAAUUGGCCAUGUUUUGAAGUUGUACAUUGUUUGUUUACAAUUACAUUAUUGUUUGCUUCAAGAGUCAAUGGCUAUAUAUCAUUAAUUUAAAAGUCAGAAAAUGGAUGUAGCCUACCAAUCACAGACUGCAGCUUUACAGCUGUGUAUAGCUGCUUUUAUAUACUACAUGAUCUGUGCUAAAUUGUUAUGUAUUGUAUGUGUAUGUGAAUUGCCUUUAAUGUAGCCCUGCAAAAUAUCCAAACUGAAAGUGAUUUAAAAAAAAAUAUAUAUAUAUAUAUAUGAUUACAUUUAGUUAUUAUCAGAUAUUGUAUUGAAUACUGUUUGUCAUUUUUAACAGUGCUUGGCAGAACUUGCUCACCUGCAAAAUGUUCCAUCAACAUGAUAAUGCUGCUUUAUCAACGUCAAGUAACUGAAAUAUUUAUUGAUAUUUAAAACGGAUAUAUUACAGUGCUUGCAAGUUUACGGAGAUAAAGUCCUAACCAUUGGGUUGUGGCAGACCUGGGUUCAAAUACAUGCUUAAUUAAAGACAUGGUGACUUUGGUGAAAAAAGACAUGGUAACUUUGGUGACUACUAAGUCUUUUUUAAACCUCUCACUUUGGGCUGGAUUUGCAAAUGUGUAGUUCAUAAAUGCAUAAUCCGUAAUCUAUGAGCAGAAGUACUGUUUUACGUCAAUUAGCCCGAAAUCCUUAGUUGGAAGGGGCUAUUUUCUGGAAACUGUGCUGCGCCUUGUUCCCUACAUUUUCCCUCGUGUGGGCCAGCCCCCAAGCAUUUCAAGUUUCAGCCAAUGAGCUUCAACCCCUCACCAUAUGAGUGACAGCUAUCAAGAUGCACGCGAUUCACCCACAGCAGAGCAGAGGGAAACUGCAAUGACGUGGUGCACAUAUUUGCACAUAUGUGACAGUACGCAAUUUUCGGAAAACAGUUUUGGCUCGUGAGCUCUACUUUCAGAAGUACUGGCUAAAAAGUAUUGAAAAGUACUGGAUAAUCUCUUUAAGUAUUUGUAUUUUAAAUACUUACAGUACACUGAACAAAAUAUAAACGCAACACGUAAAGUGGUGAUCCCAGAAAUGUUCCAUGUGCACAAAAAACGUAUUUCUCAGAAAUGUUGUGCAAAAAUGUGUUUACAUCCCUGUUAGUGAGCAUUUCCUCUUUGUCAAGAUGAUCCAUCCACCUGACAGGUGUGGCAUAUCAAGAAGCAAAACAGCAUGAUCAGUACACAGGUGCACCUUGUGCUGGGGAAAAUAAAAGGCCACUCUAACAUUUGCAAUUUUGUCAAACACCACAAUGCCACAGAUGUCUCAAGUUUUGAGGGAGUGUGCAAUUGGCAUUCUGCCUGCAGGAAUGUCCACCAAAGCUGUUGCCAGAGAAUUAAAUAUUCAUUUCUCUACCAUAAGCCGCCUCCAACAUCGUUUUAGAGAAUUUGGCAGUAGGUCCAACUGGCCUGAGAACCGCAGACCACAUGUAUGGUGUUGUGUGGGCGAGCAGUUUGCUGACGAAAAAAGUGCCCCAUGGUGGCGGUGGGGUUAUGGUAUGGGCAGGCAUAAACUACAGACAACUAACACAAUUACAUUUUAUUGAUGGAAAUUUGAAUGCAAAGAGAUACCGUGACGAGAUCAUGAGGCCCAUUGUCAUGCCAUUCAUCCGCCGCCAUCACCUCAUGUUUCAGCAUGAUAAUGCACAGCCCCAUAUCGCAAGGAUCUAUACACAAUACCCGGAAGCUGAAAAUGUCCCAGUUCUUCCAUUGCCUGCAUACUCACCAGUCAUGUCACCCAUUGAGCAUGUUUGGGAUGUUCUGGAUCAACUUGUACGACAGCGUGUUCCAGUUCACUCCAAUAUCCAGAAACUUCGCACAGCCAUUGAAACACAAGCAUUUCGCUACACCCGCAAUAGCAUCUGCUUAACACGUGUAUGUGACCAAUACAAUUUGAUUUGAUUUGAAGAGGAGUGGGACAACAAUCCACAGGCCACAGUCAACAGCCUGAUCAAGUCUAUGCGAAGGAGAUGCAUGAGGCAAAUCGUAGUCACAACAGAUACUGACUGGUUAUCUGAUCCAUGCCCCUAGCUUUUUUUAAGGUAACUGUGACCAACAGAUGCAUAUUUGUAUUCCCAGUCAUGUGAAAUCCGUAGAUUAUGGCCUAAUUUAUUUAUUUAAAUUUCCUGAUUUCAUGAUAUGAACUGUAACUCAGUCAAAUCUUUAAAAUUGUUGCAUGUUGCGUUUAUAUUUUUGCACAUAUUUUCGGUGUAUUUCAGUAUUUUUAAAUAAUGGGACUGAAACAACUACUUCUAUUUGAAAAAACAAUAAAUGUUUACUUUGAAAUGUAUGUGAAAGUAAUUGAAAUCCCUUCAAUAGCAUUUGGACCCAGGUUGGAACUUGCUUGUACUUGCUUGAUAUAUUUAUAUAUUAUUUAAAAAAAAAUAUACAUUGUAUGUCAGUCCGUUCAAGAAUUUUUGAAAGUAUGUGUAGAUAGGGAUGCCGUCAGGCUUUGUCAGCUGUGUUUUAUGAUAUUAUUUUCAAGUUGUAAGUUGUAUAUGAUGGUAUCAUUAUGCCUGUGUAUCUUUUCAGGGAUAAGACAAUAUGCUGUAUCAUAGACCAACAUGUACAUGUGACUUUGUAUUUUACAAAAUCCCUGAUUUGUCUUAAAAUGGUGGAUGCUUUUAAUGUUACCAUGGUGAACAUUGUACUUUCUAAAUGAUUGUUGUAAAUUUGAAACUGUUUAUGUGAUUUUCACUCAAAUAUCUAAAAUGAUAAAUAUGCAUGAUUCUACAUUUUACAUAAAGUUGUUAAUCAGCAAAUGUUGUUUUUCUAAAUAUACUUAAAUUCUGAAUUUUGAAUGUUUUUGUAAGUAGUCAAAUAAACCAUUAUCUAUCAAA